UUGAACGGUGGGUUUAUCUGCUCUCAAUCCUGCGAGCUGCAAAGGCCCUUCUCAUUUGCUUCAGAUAUUUGUGCAAAGGAACUGAACCAAAUGGAGUGAGCAGAGAUUGCUUAUUGAUUCUUUCGCUCUUUCCCCUCAUCCCUUUUUCUUUAUUUUUAAUUGUUCUUCCGUAAAAGUAGUGUAAUGGAGGCAGGAAGGAGCUUGGUUUCUUCUCCACCACAAUUUCCUCCAAGAACCCAUCUCAGGAAUUGCUCUUCUUCUUCAGUGCUUGCAGGUUGUAUAUGUUAGUGAUAUUCAGCACCCUCUCCAUGCAUCCGCUGUGUGGAACUUAGAGUGAUACUCUUGAAGGCAGAUUCUUUUUGCUGCUUCAUGAUCAAGUGACUCCUGCUCUUACCUCUCUGUCAACUACCUUAGCUCGACAUUCUCCUACUUCAGUUCUUACUCAGGAUCAGCAUAAUGAGAGCAGGUCGAUGUUGUGUUCAAAGGAAGAUAGUGUAUUUCAGUUGAAGCAAACAUUGGGUAUGAGGCAGGCGGUAAUGGCGCCUGCAUCUUCAUCUAAUGAUGGGAAUGGCAAUGUUGAUCCUGAUCAGUAUGUAAAUGAGUUUCAGCUUCAGUUGCUACGCAGGCCAGAAUUGUGGUAUUUAUGGCCAUCCUUACAGACAAAGGAACAACUCUUUUCUAUGACAAUGGAGUCCAUUUCAAAUAAAAAUGAAAAAUUUAUAGAUGUAGAAGCAGACCGUGUGGUUGCACUUGCUAGAGAGGCUUUUUCAGCAUGCAAAGAGGCAGCUGCCAUUGUUAAAGAUGCUGAACUUUUUGGAGCUCGUCUAGAUGACUCUUCUAGUAUAAGGAGUUUGACUGGUGUUCCUGCACAAAGAACUGUGAGGUCAACACGUCUUGUGGAGAGGCAGAUGAAGAGAAGGAGGGUGCCCAAGCCAAAGAUUGAGGUUCAGGAAACCAACCAUCGUAGGAAGCCAGAAUCACAGAGAAAAUCUGAUGAAGGAUUUGAUCCUAAUGAUCCUCUUCGACUAUUCUUACGGGGACCAGAAACAAGACAACUUUUAACUUCAAAAGAGGAGUCAGAGUUAAUAGUGAAGAUACAGGAGUUGAUGAGACUACAAGAAAUGAAGAGUCGGCUCAAGGUUCAGUUUUCCCGUGAACCUACACUAGUUGAGUGGGCUGCCGCUGCUGGGAUUAGUUGUCAAGCCUUGCAGUCCCAGAUUCACUGUGGGGACAGCAGCAGACAGAAGUUAAUUUGUGCCAAUUUCCGCAUGGUGGUUCACAUUGCCAAGCAGUACCAAGGGCGUGGUCUGAGCCUUCAGGAUCUCUUACAGGAGGGAAGCAUGGGUCUUAUGAGAAGUGUGGAGAAAUUCAAGCCCCAAGCAGGUUGCAGAUUUGCUACUUAUGCGUACUGGUGGAUAAGGCAAUCGAUUAGGAAAGCCUUAUUUCAGCAUUCUAGGACGAUCCGCUUGCCUGAGAAUGUUUAUAGCCUCCUCUCCAGGGUGUAUGAGGCUAAGAAAUUAUGCAUUCAACAAGGUAAUCACCUCCCAACAAAAGAGGACAUAGCAGCAUGUGCUGGAAUGUCGGUUGAGGGACUGGAGAGAUUGCUGUAUACUGCUAGAAUGCCUCUCUCACUGCAAAAGCCUGUGUGGACAGACCAAGAUACAACAUUUCAGGAGAUCACUGCAGACACCACAAUUGAAGUCCCAGAUGUGGGUGUAGCAAAGCAGCUGAUGCGACAACACAUCAGGAAUCUCUUGAGUGUGCUCAGUCCCAGGGAGAGGAAGAUAAUCCGAUUGAGAUUUGGCAUUGAACAUGGCGAACAGAAAUCACUGUCUGAAAUUGGUGCUGGUUUCGGAUUAUCUAAGGAGAGAGUUAGACAACUGGAAAGCCGAGCAUUGUACAAGCUGAAACAGUGUCUUGGUAGCCAUGGGCUAGCAGCAUAUGCAAAUAUGAUCAUUUAGUCUGAAUGCUGUAAUUAGGUUGUGCAGUAAAUGAGAUGCUGAGGGCAUUUUUUAUUUUUUUGAUAUGGCAAUGGAAGUGAAUGUGUCUGGUUGGACUGUACAUGAGACCAACACCAUUUGCUCCUUUCCUCCAUAAUCGAAUUGUGUUCUGUAGAAUGUCAACAAUUGGAAUUUUUCUUCAAUAUCAUUGAACAAAACUGUAA